UUUGACAACUUUGAAUGACAUGACCUGACAAUCCUGACAUUUAAAAAAAAAGUAAUUCAUAUCGGGUCGGUCGUCUCGUUCAUGAUUUUCUUAUUAGAUUCCAAUAAGCGAAUUGGAAAAAUCAAGUGAUUUUAAUCUUAAAAUCGACGAAUGAUAUACUUAUUUGUGUAAAAUGGCGACUCCAGCGGACGUGAGAGCAAUAUUCGAGGCGAGAUUGAAGGAAACAUCGCCACCACCGGACUUCCAUCCACUCGACUUGGAGCGAGCAAAAGAUGAAAAAUACUUGAAACGAGUGUUACAACACACGGAUAAAGAUGCUAAAGAGGCGGCAAACAUGCUCUGGGACAUCUGUGUUUGGCGAAAAUCUGUCGGUGCGAAUGAUAUCAAUGAAUCUAACAUUCGAAUGGAUUACGUGAAAGAAGGUAUUUUUUUUACUCACGGAAGAGAUGUAGAUGGUAGUCUUUUGUUCAUUUUUAAAGCUAAAAUGCACGUUAAAGGCCAAAAAGAUUAUGAGGAGGUGAAGAAAAUCCUCAUUUAUUGGUUUGAUCGCGCUGAAAGAGAAGAGGGUGGCAAACGAGUCACUUUGUUCUUGGAUAUGGAAGGUAGCGGGCUGGGCAACAUGGAUAUGGAGCUAGUCAAGUACUUGAUCACACUGUUCAAACUGUACUACCCAUACUUUUUGAACUAUAUCGUGAUUUACCAGAUGCCUUGGGUCUUGUCAGCCGCCUUCAAAGUCGUUAAGACCUUACUCCCUGCUAAAGCCGUUGAACGAAUGAGGUUUGUUACUAAAGACACAUUAAAGGAUGUCGUUGCCCCUGAACAAGCUUUAGUCAGCUGGGGCGGCAAGGAUAACUACGUAUUUGAAUUCAUUCCGGAGAACCGAUCAGAACACACUCCGAAAAAGGUUACGUUUGCUGAGCAGGGAGACAGUCAACAUUCUCCUGGAGAGAUGCUCCGUCUUGUUCCAAAUGAUACAAUCAUUUUCAAAAGUGAUGGGGAUGAAAUAUCAGGACAAUUCACCAUUACGAAUAUGGAUGAAAGUGCAGUUUCUUUCAAAAUAAGAACAACAGCCCCGGAGAAGUUUAGAGUAAGACCAAGCUCUGGUACAUUGGCCACCGGAGCCUCCCAAACCGUCUUAAUCGUAGUCCAACCUGGAAUACAUCUCCGAACCGUAACCAAAGAUAGAUUCCUCGUUAUGUCCAUCCAAAUACCAAAAACUGAUGUGACACCGAAAGAACUGACGCAAAUCUGGCACUCGUCCACUGGUAGCAAGACUGAUGAAUACCGCCUCAAAUGCCAGUUCCCGGAGAAAGAUAUACCAAAGAAUGGUAAUGUUACGGAUGGGACAUCUCUUGAGAAGUCUGACUCCGCAAGUUCAGCGCUGAGUAACCUGGAACAGAACUAUGCGAAGCUGCACCGAGACUUGAAACAGCUGAAGUUGUUGCAAUUUGUCACUUUAACGAUGACCGUGCUGGUUGCGGUUUUAGGAUACCUAUUGUACGAGAAUAUGGUCGAAGAGAAUCGGUAUUGUGAGCGUAUGUAGCUGUUACAGAAUGUGGUGUCCAACGCCACUUUCAAAAUAGACUAUGUAAUGGCUAUUUUUGCUGCAUUACUCUCUAUUAAUGUGUUACUAUACAUCAUGUAUAGCAAAUUAGUCUAUAAAAUAAGUUUAUUAUAUGUGCAUUAACUUUGCGGUUGUGGGUGGGUUUUUAUGAACAUUCUCUAUAAUUAACGGACUUAAACUGGCAUCAAAAGUGAUUAAUUUGUGAAAUAAUUCACUAAUUUGGACAAUUGUUUAUUUUGUUCGUACUCAGUCUGUGUAAAGAAAGCAUUUCUGGAGGGUCUACGAACAAGUGCACUACUGGUUUUGUCAUAAAUUAUGUAAGUAGUACCUUAUUAUUACAGUAUAAAUUUUUCUUUUAAAAUAUCUUCUCCGAUGAAUCCAGUAUCGCAUAUGUAGUAAGAGGUCACUUAUCCAACAUAAUUUUUACUAAUGUGCAGACAUUGGGCAUUCAAUUUUUAAACAGGUCCAGUGAUUUGUCAAAUAUGACCUCAUGCUACUUUGGCGGUAUCUGGAUAUCAGAAAACCGGUAGCCCAUUGAAACACCAAAACUUAUGAAGCCAUAAAUCUCUAGAUUUAACUCCCAGAUUUAAAAUUAUGCAUCAAGUAAGACAGCAGCUACAUUUUUGUUUUUGAAUGGCAACUGAUUUUCCAAUACAGUGCUGUCAACUACACUGCCAAUGAUCUUUGUGGAAUUAAUGUGGGAUUUUUUUAAUAUAUUUGUUGGGCCGACGUUUUGACCACUAUCUCGCCUGGUAAGCUAUGAUGCGGUCUACGAUGGAGCACGUCGUCCCAUAAGCAACAUAUUCACUCGGGCCUUUAAGACUCCCAGGUUAUACCCUUAUUUAUUAGUAGCUGCAAAGGACGAAACAUUUGGGUUAGAAAACAUAAUUAUCGCUAGCUACUUGCGCGGUUUCACUCGCUCUCCUCGGCACCUAUUUAUCGUAGCGUGAUAU